UAGCUGCCUUUUGCUGCCUUGCCUACGACGACUAGACGGACGAGUCGGAAGAGUUCGUUCGAUUGUGGUGUGCUCACGUCAUCUUUUUAUCUUAUUUCUGUGUCCCACAUGCUUAGGGGUAACCGAAAUAAGAAAAAAUCCAAGAAUCCCCGCACAAGAAGAAAAGAUAGAGCGCUGGCGGACUUAAAAGUGAAUUAGAAAGUGUGUGAACAGAGUUUCGAGGUGUCUCGUUCGUCCGGUUUGAUCUGGUUCUCAGCAGUCAAGCCACACCACGAGUAGCGAUCUCCUAUUUCCUCAUUUAAUAUUAUUUACUUUCGUGUAUUUAAAAUACUUUUGUUGUAAUUUAUCUUAUUUGUGGUGAACUAGUGAUUUUAUAAAAUGUCAGAGGAAUCUUCAGCAGAUCGAAAUGUUGAGAUAUGGAAGAUCAAGAAACUCAUCAAGAGUUUGGAGAUGGCAAGAGGGAAUGGAACAUCAAUGAUAUCCCUAAUCAUUCCACCCAAGGAUCAAAUCUCGCGAGUGUCAAAAAUGUUAGCCGAUGAAUUUGGUACUGCAUCCAACAUCAAAUCUCGAGUGAAUAGGCUCUCUGUGCUUGGAGCUAUUACUUCUGUACAGCAUAGGCUCAAGCUUUACACUAAGGUUCCUCCCAACGGCCUGGUUAUAUACUGUGGCACCAUCGUAACAGAGGAAGGCAAGGAGAAGAAGGUCAACAUAGACUUUGAGCCUUUCAAGCCGAUCAACACCUCACUGUACUUGUGCGACAAUAAGUUCCACACAGAGGCGCUCACUGCUCUGCUGGCAGAUGACAAUAAAUUCGGUUUCAUUGUCAUGGACGGUAACGGAGCGCUGUUUGGUACUCUGCAGGGAAACACUAGAGAGGUACUUCACAAAUUCACCGUGGACCUUCCAAAGAAGCACGGGCGCGGUGGUCAGUCAGCCCUGCGUUUCGCCCGUCUCCGGAUGGAGAAGCGUCACAACUACGUACGGAAGGUGGCCGAGGUGGCUACGCAGCUGUUCAUCAGUGCGGACAGGCCCAACGUGGCCGGGCUCAUUUUGGCUGGUUCCGCUGACUUUAAAACCGAGCUCUCUCAGUCUGAUAUGUUUGAUCCCCGUCUGCAAGCCAAAAUCAUCAAAUUGGUGGACGUGUCGUACGGCGGCGAGAACGGAUUCAACCAGGCCAUAGAGCUGGCCGCGGAGUCGCUGCAGAACGUUAAGUUCAUACAAGAGAAGAAACUCAUUGGACGGUACUUCGACGAGAUCUCACAGGAUACCGGCAAGUAUUGCUUCGGUGUGGACGACACUCUGCGCGCGCUCGAGCUCGGUGCCGUCGAGACACUCAUCUGUUGGGAGAACCUCGACAUACAGAGAUAUGUACUGAAAUCGCACGCCACCAACAUGGAGACGAUCCUGCACCUCACCCCCGAGCAAGAGAAGGACAAAUCUCAUUUCACAGACAAAGAGAGCGGGGUGGAGCUGGAGCUGGUGGAGUGCCAGCCGCUGCUGGAGUGGCUCGCGAACAACUACAAGUCGUUCGGCGCCACGCUCGAGAUCAUCACCGACAAGAGCCAGGAGGGCAGCCAGUUCGUGCGCGGCUUCGGCGGCAUCGGAGGCAUACUGCGAUACAAGGUGGAUUUCCAAUCGCUUCAGCUCGACGAACCGCUGGACGACGUCGACUUGGACGACUAUUAAGAAAAUAUAGGAAUCUCGUAUCACGAAACGCAUAUUGCCCAUAAUUUAUUACUGUAGAUCAUAAGAGAUAUGCUUGCAUAAUUAAUUUAGGUUGAGCUUGGUUUUAUGGCAAUAACAGAGUAAAAUAUAGACAACGUAGCCGUAACGAAAUAGAGUAGUUUGACAACGAUCUCCGUGGGGCUGUGGUCACGCCGGUCUGUCAUCUGGAAGUACUGGGUUCGAUUCCCAGGGGGGGCAAAUAUUUGUAGUAAUCACAGAUAUUUGUCUACGAUUCUGUGUUGUUUGCAACUUCUCGACGUUGUACCGGGCAUGUGAUGACGGGCAAAAGAUAUCCCUCUAUCCCGUUUCUUCUCGUGAAUUUCUAAUAUUUGUUUCUUUUGUGUGAGCGAAACGAAAAAUAUGACGAUGUCUAUAGUUUUCUCUGUCUCUUUUUUACGGUAUAGUCGACAAAUGCCACGUUCUGGAAAUGACAGGCGAGUUAACGACAGAUUCUGUGGAUGCCUUAUUCGGCAAAUGACAAAUUCUAUAUACGCCGGGUGCUAAUAACUCCAUUUUUUGUAAAAAUAUAGAUUUUUGCAAAUUUUUAUUAUGUCAAUACCAGAUCCAGUGGAAUUUACGUGAUCGUGUAAGUGUAACAAACUUCCUUCAAAAAUAGAAAGGAUGUCCUUUCAAAUUUUUUUGUAUUUGUAGUUGGCUAACAAAAAACAUAGGAUUUAUAGAAUCUCUCUAAAGGGAAUCAACCGAACCUCAACCGAAUCUUAAAAAAUAAAGAUUUAUUUCUUACGCAAACCCUGGGUUUCGGGGUGUCACAACCAUAAUGUAACUGCGAACACGCGAAAGUGGAACGAGGUAUAAUCGAUCAUUUCAGAAUCUGGCAUGUGGCGACACUACGAGUUUUAAACACGGGCGGCCGGAACGCGGCGCGCGGCCGUUAUUUUACCGAUUGCUAUUGAUAUACUUAUUUUGUUACUACAGUCGUAUGGCAAUUUUCACCGACGAACACCUUAGGCUUUCCUAUAUAGGCGACACUUAUGCUAAAAGUGCUCUUAAAUGUUUUUUCACACUUAUACUCCUCCGCUCCCCUCCCCGGCUAUAUGACGUUCAAAGAAAAGUGAUCUUUAAAGCGUCGUCUGUAGACAUACUUUACGUUGACAACAAUUUAGCGGACUGCUCGCUGUCAGCGCUUGUCUUGUCAAUGUAAAGUAUGUCUACAGGGGACGCUUUAAAGAUCACUUUUCAUUUUUUUCAUCUUUUGUCUGCGUUAUUUUUUCCGGGAUAAAAGGUACUCUAUAAUCCUUCUCCAUAUUUCAAACUACAUGUAUGCAAAAUUUCAAGAAGAUUGGUUGAGUAGAUAGAGCGUGAAGAGGUAACAAAUUUACUUUCGCAUUUCGCUCGUCUUGUCAAUGUAAAGUAUGUCUACAGGGGACGCAUUAAAGCUCACUUUUCAAUGAACGUCAAAUUGCGGUGCGGGAGAAGUAGUUAGAACCUUAACUCGGAAACCCUCGUGUUUAUAAAAAAUAGUAUCAAUUUUAGUAAUGUUUUGUCCUUAUCAUCAUAUCAAUAGCUAUAUUUAAAUGCCCUGACUGUUUGGGCAUUAGUCUUCCUUAUGAAUGGAUAAUAAGUAUGGGCCACGACCCACCACGCUGGCCCAAAACGGAGUGGUGGGUUGUCACGACUGCAAAUAAAACCGGGACCAACGGCUUAACGUGCCUUCUGAAGCAAGGAGGAGCUCGAGAUAAUACUUUACAUUUUUGUCACCCAUUCCGUGACCGACCAUUGCGAAAUUGCUUGCCACGCUAACCUCUUCAUCUUAAUACAAUAUUUGACAUUGACGUAAGACAAAACAUAUUUUAACUAAAAUUGACAUUUUUUUAUGUAUGAGGGCAAUUAGCUUCGCUUCGGCAAUUUAUUGAAGUUAGUUUUGAUUCUUUAUAUAUAGUUAAAAAAAAAAAGCGAAUCGGGCUAAAGACACAGAGUUUUACUCUUGUUUGAUUCCUGAAUUAAGUUCUAAUGUAAACCAAUGACAGGUAUACAUACACAUUACCACAAAUCAAAUUAAACUAAACAAAUUUUAUCAAAAAUAAUAUUGAUUUGUGAUUUAUUAAUCCUUUAUUAGGCUGAGCAAGUUUUGUUUAAAGACAUUCAGGCUAUCGACAAAUAUCUCCCGGGUCGCAUUUUAGGGAAUUAAAUGUUAUACGUACGGCUAUCAGGAUCACUUAUUUAUACAUUUUCAAGGCUAAUAAUAAUGCUGCCGAGUACAAAGUAAAGUUAGGUGUGUCUCGGUAAAAGUUGCCAUUAGUUCAUACGAUAAAUUAGUAGAAAAUGCUAGUCAUUGCAAUACUGAUAUUGUAAUACCGGAGAUACGGUUUAGAUGAAAUUAUACUGUGCAGUCAAUGUAUGUGAGAAACGCAUAUUGGCAGCUAAACGACUCGAAUCAUACAUUGCGUUGUUUGUAUGUGUGCUUUUAUUUGCCGCAAUGAAAAACCAGCAAUGUGUGUCGAAUCCGCCAAAGUUUGGAGAAUUGUUUCGCGAUAAUGUGUAGCCGGCGUAACAGAUUCGCAAAUGGUGAGAAUCGUUAAAAUAUCACAAAAAUAAAUAUGAUAUUUUGCGAUUCUGACAUUUCGCAAAUUUGACGUUAUGCGAAUCGGGCAUUCAGCGUCGCCUAACAUCAGUUUCUGUUCUAGAAAAUCUGUCACUAAGGUCCAUCUAUUACGUCACGCAUGAAAGUGAGGGGGGUCGUCUUGUCUAUGAAGCUAUAGACAAUAACCAGUCCUGCCAACAACUUAUUGAUGCAAGGUACAUAUAUUUCUAUCUCUUUCAUAGGUACAUAGCCCGACCUCUCUUAUACAUUGCGAAUACAGUUAUGCAAUGUAUAGUUAUGCAUUUCAGCGUGCAAGAAGGAGAGGUUGGGCUACAGAUGAAAGGGAUAGUAAUACAUGUACUUACUUUGGAUCAAAAAGUUCUUCGGAGUACUGACUCCAGUUUUACCUACAGCUUCAUGAUUUUGUCUCACAUCAAACCCCCUCCCUUAAUUAGUGUCAACAUCAGAUUUUUUUCGCCUUGAGUAACAGUGUUAGGGCCAUACGCCAUUAGUCAGUCACGCUACUUUACGAGGACGCAGUGGCUCCGUUGUUAUGACACUGAAGUACAUUCAAACUCUUCAUACAAUUUCUACGUUGAUUCGUCGGCGGACGUGAACGUGACGGAGAACGACAGAGUGCAACAGAGCGCAAUGGCGUGUGGAUUUUACAUAUCAAGGGUAUAUCUCAACGUUUAUGUAUAUGCGUUUCUGACACACAUCGACAGAUCCGAAUAGAUGCCCUAACAUAACACUGUAUGAAUAGUUCCUAUUUAUCAAAUAAGAUAAAAAGGACGGAGAAUGAAAAUAAUGAUGAUUUGGUCACAUUAUUAACAUUUUAUUUAUAUUAGAGUGCAAUGGAAGUGUGUAGUUUAGGCACUUAGCUAUGUAGUGAACGUGUUUGUUACUUUGGUAAUAUAUUUUAAAACCCUCUGUAACCGCACACUGGCGCAAUCAUCACAUUUUUAUCAAUUUAUAUUUAUUAGCAAAAAAUAAAAAAAAAACUAUCUUGAUAAAUUAUAUGAAAACAAUAACAUUUUCUAAAAAAAUACUAAGUGUGGAUGAUUUCGCAAAAAAAAUAAUAAAACGUGAUGAUGGCGCCGGUGUGCGGCUUGACAGCGCCUUAAGGUCGUAGCUACAUUACAUGACACUCCCAACUGGCAAAAUGUUGUUCAUUAAAGAGCGAGUAUGUGUGUUUUAUGCAAUGAAUUUUAAAUAUUUAAAAAUAUAUAGACUCGCCAUAAAGCUCACUUUUAAAUGAACUUUAUUUUGCCGGGUGGCAGCGGUGCGGUAAUGGUUGCCCAAGUCAUUUACGCUCCAUAUUGACAAGCAACAGGACAAUUUUUCACAUGAAAUCAACAAUUAAAACGAAGUGUGCUGCAUGAUUUCUAAUUUCAAUACAUUGAGGAUAUGUUGGCCAAAUAUGGAUAGAUUAUCGAUACAGAUUGAUUAAAGUAAUCGUGAUUAUAUUUGUUAAUCAUGAUUACUUUUAUCUAACAACCGAAACAGCUAGCUUACUUGUGUCACGUGAGGUUGAGACUAAUUAAUUGCCUAAUAUUAUUGAGACAAUAGGCAUUAUUUGGUAUUAGACUACUGAUGAUUUUUCAUCAGUCAUAGGCCACACGUUUACCGAGUGCGGUCAAAUGAUGAAAUUGAAAUUAUAUAUUUUUUGCUCACCAUACACGCGUGUAUGUGUUCUCAUGGUGAAUAGUUAAAAUAUUUUUUUCUUUCUUCAUGUGACUACAAGCUGGGAUUAGGCGAUUCACACACGGCGGCGCGCGGCACCAUAAAGCCACAGAUACACUAGGGAACAUUUGACGCGCAACACAUCGUUCUUUCCUUUUCAUUACAAUUUGCAUGAGUGAGAUCGGCUAUGUGCUAUUUCACUCGAGUCAGUGGUAAUGCGUGAGAUAGAGUGAUCAUGCGUGGAAUGUUGCCCAGUGUAUUCGUAGUAUAGUGCCGCGCGCCGCCGUGUGUAUUGCAGCUGCUUCCGCUGCAGCGCGCAGUGUGAGAAUCGUUUUAGGAAGAAGGUAGUAGAAGCAAGUACAAUUACUGGCACAAAUGUUUGGUCCGCGAUAUAUUUUUAAGAUUUUUUUUUCCAUUCAUUAAACACAUAGUGCACUGCA